AUGUACGACCUCAUACGAGAUUCCGCCUUUGGGCAAAUCAGCCGAUACGUCACGAGGAACAAAUACUUUCAGUAUAUCGAAGAGCGCGAUAGUUUUCGACAUCCAUAUCUCUUGCCAGAAACAGGCGAUCCUGGCGAUGACGAGGCAAAUGCGAUACCACACAGCCAUACACAUGGUGACCCCCCAGAGCAAGUGUCCGGGGCGUGUACGGGGAUGGGGAAAGCGACAAGCACGCCAGAGCCGAAUCCAAUCCACCGGCUCAUUAUCCAGCAAAGCCAGCAUGAGGUGGAAAGAUCGCAGAGCCGGGUAAUACAGCCGUGUAAAGCGGCCGAUGGGGUUACGAUGGUUAGUUGGUAUACAACAGAUGAUCCGGAUAACCCGCAGAACUGGAGUCGGAAGAAGAAGGCCUUUGUAGGGUUUAUGAUUUGGAUGUAUUCCUUUGCUGUCUAUCUUGGUUCGACUAUCUAUUUUGGUGGAUUCAGAGAGAUUGUGGUUGUACUCAACAUCAGUGUCCAAGAAAGCAAUCUGGGUGUGUCGAUGUAUGUUCUGGGCUUUGGACUCGGGACGCUAUUCUUCGCUCCUCUGAGUGAAAUCCCAGUCGUUGGUCGGAAACCACCAUACGUCAUCACGAGCAUCAUCUUUGCUCUGCUUUGGAUCCCCAUUGCGUUGACCAACAACUUUGCCACACUUAUUGGCCUCCGGUUUCUGGCGGCUUUUAUGGGAUCGCCAUGUCUUGCUACAGGGGGAGCAACAUUUAAUGACCUUUAUCCACUCAUAAAGUUUCCAUAUGGUCUUGUCGUGUGGGAAUCUACGGUCAUUCUCGGACCCCUACUCGGCCCCGUCGUUGGGAGUUUCAGUUCCCGCGCCAAAAACUGGCAUUGGCCUUCAUGGGAAAUGCUCUGGUUGAGUGGCCCUCUCUGCAUCUGUCUGUUCUUCCUCCUGCCCGAAACCGCAUCACCGACUAUUCUCUAUUACCGGUCGAAACGGUUGCGAAAGAGGACGGGAAACUCACAGGCACAAUCAGAAGCCGAGGUAAAGCAGGCGGAUUUCAGUGGCAGACGGAUUCUGUAUAAUGCCUUGAUUCGGCCGGCUCAGCUUAACAUUCUAGACCCGGCAAUCCUUUUCAGCACCACCUAUAUGUGUGUUGUCUAUGGGACUUUUUACUCGUUCUUCGAGUCCUGCCCACUGGCAUAUCAUAAUUUAUAUCUCAUGGGCUGGGGCGUUGAUAGUCUUCCAUUUUUGGGCUUUCUUGUCGGACUCUCUAUAUCCGCCGCUGUUGUCGUGCUUUACUGGCGUUUCUAUAUAGUAAAGCCCUUUUCAAAAGAAGGCAAUCUCGCUCUGAUACAGCCGGAAAAGGGGCUCGUCCCGGCCCUUUUUCUCUGCUUCUUCCUCCCUAUCGGGUUAUUCAUCUUCGGCUGGACAGCCCGCCGCAGCAUCCACUGGAUGGUCAAUGUCGUCGGACUCUCCAUUACAGUCGUUGGUGCGUUCUCCAUCAUCUGCUCGAUCCAGAUCCACCUUGCAUUCAGUUAUCCGGAAUACAUUGCUUCGUUAUUUGCGGCUAAGAACUUUGCAUGGUCGGCUCUUGCUGCUGGGGCUGUGAUGUUCUCGCGGCCUUUGUUUAUCAAUCUUGGUCUUGGGUGGGGGGUUAGUUUGCUUGCGUUUCUUAAUGUGGGUUUUUGCUUUGUUCUCUACUGUAUCUGGGUAUGGAGCCCGAAGUUGCGUGCUCGCAGUCGAUUUGCUGUAUAA